AUGGUGCUUGCAGAAGAACUUGCAGCCAUAUCAAUGGACACAAAGGAGGCAUCUCAGAACCUUCAGAAACUUCUGGCACAGGUUCAUGGCACAGUGGACAUCAUGUUGACAGUCAACAACCAUUUGCUUAACUUGCUUUGGAAUCAGUUCUCUCCUUUGUCCAUCAAAGCAGUAUUCAAUUGGAUCUUGUUUCAGUUUCAGCAUUCAUUGUCACUACUUAUCUUGCAUGCAGUCAAGAUCCAAGGCAAUUUGGAUAGCAUUGAGUCCCAUUUGGAGGUUGUUCACAACCUGGUGGUGAUGGAGGCUAGUGUUUUGAUGGUUGAGAAGUUGGAUGUACUUGCUGACAUCCUUACAGUGGUGGGUCUGAACAGGCAGCACAUCUCAAGAUUAGACAGCCAGAUGCAAGCACUCAAAGAUGUUGCCCAUUAUUACACAGCUGCUGCAUGA